CUUCUGUACAAGUUCAGCAAUAAAAUGUGCCGGAGAAAAGGGCUGAAUGAUAAUCAGUGAAUUGUGUUUCUUCUCUUGCUUAAAAGAAGACUUCUAUAUUCUUGUCAUAUUGGACAAGGCAACUGACAAGACUUUCAAAGUAGCAAACACUAUGCUUCAAAGUGUUUGCCGGCUACCUUCAUGGAUUUUGCUUACUUUCUUUUUCUGGAGCCUUUCGGAUGGGGGGAAGGUGCUGGUAAUGCCUGUGGAUGGCAGUCACUGGCUCAGUCUCAAACCAGUUAUCGAAAACCUUCAGUGGAGAGGACAUGAACUAGUAGUUGUUGCCCCUGAAGCAAACUUGUGGAUGAAGCCAUCUGGAGCCUACACAAUGAAAACAUUUGCUGUCAACCACACAAAGGAAUACUUGAAAGCAGAAUUCCAAAAGCUUGGCCACAGGAUUUUUGCACACCAGCCUUUUCUCACAAAAGCGAUGGAGAGUUUUGCAAAAGUAAGAAAUGUCACAGCACUCUUCUUUGACAACUGCAAGCAGCUCUUGUACAACAAAGAACUGAUUACUUACCUUGAGGAAAAUCAGUUUGAUGUUGUCUUGAUAGAUCCAGUGUCUCCAUGUGGGCAAAUUCUGGCUGAGUAUUUAUCCAUUCCUUCAGUUUACUACUUACGUGGAAUCCCCUGUGGUCUGGAUUUUGAGGCAACUCAGUGUCCAAACCCAUAUUCGUAUGUACCAAAGUUCUUCACACGCAAUACUGAUCGAAUGACAUUUAACCAAAGAGUGAAGAAUGUUUUAGUUGGCUCACUGGAAUUCAUAAUAUGUUAUCUUCUUUACUCACCAUAUGAAGUUCUAAGCAAGGAAUUCCUACAGCGAGAUAUGACAAUAACAGAGCUCUAUAGCCAAGCAUCUAUAUGGCUUCUGCGCUACGACUUUGUGUUCGAAUAUCCAAGGCCUGUCAUGCCCAACAUGGUCUUCAUUGGUGGUAUAAACUGUGGAAGAAAAACUUCAUUAACUCAGGAAUUCGAAGCCAUAAUAAAUGAAUCGGGUGAACAUGGCAUUGUGGUGUUUUCCUUGGGUUCUAUGGUCUCUGAAAUUCCAAUGAAAAAAGCCAUGGAAAUUGCUGAAGGACUGGGAACAGUACCUCAGACGGUGCUGUGGCGGUACACAGGAGAAACUCCACCCAACCUUGGCAAGAACACAAAGCUUGUCAAGUGGCUUCCACAAAAUGACCUGCUUGCUCAUCCCAAAACCAGAGCCUUUAUCACUCACGCAGGCUCUCAUGGGGUAUAUGAAGGGAUCUGCAAUGGAGUACCAAUGGUGCUGAUGCCACUCUUCGGGGAUCAAAUGGAUAAUGCAAAGCGGGUGGAAUCUCGAGGAGCAGGAGUAACUCUGAAUAUAAUUGAAAUGACUGCAAAGGACAUAUCUGAAGCCCUGAAAGCUGUUAUUUAUGAUAAAAAAUAUAAAGAGAAUAUCCAGCGCCUCUCAGAACUUCACCUGGACAGACCCAUCCACCCUCUUGAUCUUGCUGUGCAUUGGGUGGAGUUUGUGAUGAAGCACAAGGGAGCUCCCCAUCUGAGGCCAGCAGCCCAUGACCUCAACUGGGUCCAGUACCACUCUAUUGAUGUCAUUGCCUUCCUCCUGGCUGCAUCAUUGCUAGCACUGUUCAUUUCCAUGAAGUGUUGCAUGUUUUGCUGCAGGAAGUGUUUCUGCAAAAGUGGAAGACUGAGCAAGAAAAGCAAAUCAAAGUCUCACUAAAAUGUGGUGGGGCAUCAGGGAGUACAAGGAAAUUGGUCAUAAAGCAUCCUGCACCAAUCCUCGCAUGACUGUGGCCAAUUCACACGGGUACUUUCCUAAAACAAAAAGAUGAUCACUGAUGUCACUGCUUGUCACUACCUAUCUUUUCACCCUUUGAAAACCUGGAAAUGGCCAUGUGGGGCCUGCCUGGCUUACAAGGUGGGGUUUGGGGGAGCUGUACCUAUGGAGAUAUAGCUAUGCAAGGCACAUACAUUUCCUGAUGUAGGAUCUUGGACAUUAAUUUUAGGAAAUUUGGAAAAAAAUUGUUGCACACAUGAAUUUUGCAGAUCAAGAUAGGGAUGUAGCUUUCUUAUUGCAGGAAAAACAAAAACCAAGGGUCUUUUGCUAGAUGCAUGUGGCAUAAGAUUUUGUGGACUCCAUCUUGCUUCAUCAAAUAUGUGGAGUGCCCAAGAAGAAUUAGGAGCCUUUAAAGUGCUACAGAAGUCUCUGUGCCCAAGGAGAUUAUGAUUUUUUUUAUCCAUGAUACUAGAGUAGCUGCAGAUGAUGAUGAUAAUAAUUGCACUAUGUAACAAGAUUUUUGUUACUGGGUUAUAAAUGUCAUUUCCUUAUUGAUUCUAUCAUAAAAACAUGGGAAAAGUUUAUUAAACUGCAAAAACUUUGUUUUUACCAGACAUCCUGCAGCACAUUUUGCUAUAGCUUUUCAAUCUCUGAGUCUCAACCAAUUCAACAUACCGUAUAUAAGACGACUGGGCGUAUAAGAUGACCCCCCAACUUUUCCAGUUAAAAUAUAGUUUGAGAUAUAUUCGCCAUAUAAGGCUACCCCUCUUCCAACGCACACCAAUUUUUUUAAAAAAGCAUCAGAUUUGAUUUCAAUAUUGUAAUUUUCCUAUUAUUGUACCUCCUUCUCUGCCUCUCAGAUCUCGCACAUGCGCACUUGCACCGCUUCACUGUAGUCUUCAGGAGCGAGAUCUGGGAGACAGGAGGAGGUACAGUCAUAGGUGGGCCAGACAGGGGUGGGCCAGACAGGUAAAAGAGGUGUGUUUUUCUGGGCCCAGAGCCACUCUAUCUCUUUCCAUACCCCAGGCACCCCGGACGCCUGCAGCUUGCUCCUCCCUUCACUUACACCUUCCCAGUGAGGCGCCCCUUCACCUCACCAUUGGGACCGCAUUAAGUCCACGAAUCCUGAUGAAUGGAUUUUCUUCUACCAUACUUGUACAGCCUUAAUGCUUUCAUACAGUCGCUGCAUACGGCAGGGACAUGGGCAAUGCCAUUUUUGAGCUCCCCCCACAAUAUGCGGCAACCACAGAUUCUCCAAUCCGAUUGGAAGUUUCAGCACCCGCUAUAUAAGACUACUCCUGUGCAUAAGACGACUCCAGUGUAUAAGACUACUCCAGCAUAUAAGACUACCCCAUGUAUAAGACUAUCCCAUGUAUAAGACGACCCCGGACUUUUGAGAAGAUUUUCUUGGAUUAAAAAGUGGUCUUAUACACCAGAAUAUACGGUAGUUUGUGACAGCCACCAAAAUGAAGUUUCUGGAGUAUAACAACUACUUUCAAAGUAAGGACUGCACAAUUAAACAGGAAAUCACACUUUCAAACCAGGAACAGAUUUUUUUUCAAGUUUUGUUACAUAGUGUUAUUAUUCCUUUCCAACCCCCAAACUUCUCUUUGUUUCAUCUUCAAAAAGGCCGUUACUACCUUUAUAUUUUCUUCUGUCAUAAGAGAAGUGCUAUGACAUUUACUGGUGCUGCAGUUUCUUGUUGUUUUAGAAGCACUCUGUUGUUCCUUCACACAGCUGAAUAAAAUCCCACAUUUUCUGCUUUGAAUUGGAAUAUAUGGCAGUAUGGACUCAGAUAUUCCAGUUCAAAGCAGAUAUUGUGAGAUUUUUUUUGCCUUGAUAUUCUGGGUUAUAUGGCCGUGUGGAAGGGCCCUGUGACAGUUCAAUAACCAGUGAACAGCAUUAUAGAAUAAUCCUAAGUCUAGGUAAGAAUAAUGUGAGGAACAGCUUGUCAAAGCCCUGAGUUUAGUUUUUCUUUGGUACAACCAUCAUACUGUUGAUUGUGAGUAUCUAUAGGGCCAUCUAGUGAAUUAAUGAUGUUAGUACCAGGAUUUGAAACAGAAUACCUGCUAUGGUAGAGCACACAGCAGACUUGAUGUCACAAUCAAAGGAAACCCUAGUUGUUGCUUUGAACUGGAUUAUAUGGCAGUGUAGGCCCAAAUAAUCCAAUUCAAAGUGGAUAAUGUGGAUUAUCUGAUUUGAUAAUCUGGAUUAUAUUUCAGUGUAGAAGAUGCUAAAUCAGUCAGCCCCCCCCUUCAUUUGUUGGCUAAGAGAGCUACAAUUAGACUGAGCUAGCCUUAAGCAGUUGGAUAAUAACUGUACUAUCCAACUAAAUAACUCCCUUAACCAUAUUUGACUUAACAUCAAUGCAGAUGUUUUAAAAAACAAACAAUAGCACUGUGUAUCUAACAUUAUGCAAUUACAGUGAGAGCCUAAAUUGAACUAUGAAUCAAUAUGGUUGAUUGUUGUGUCACAUUCUCUGCAAAUGAACCUCAUGUAAUAUGGAAUGCUAUUAUUUCUUAAAAUAAAUUUCUUAAAAUGAGGAGAUGAAUCCUUGAGAAUCACUUAUUGGAAUUCGGGGGCAGAUGCAUGUAUGUCUAAAUAAGUCUAAUUGGUGUAACACAUCAUUUUGAAAGUAUUAGGACAUAAAAAGGGUGAAAACAGAGACAAAUAUGGCUGCUCUGGCCCUGCCCACUCCUCAUAUGAACAGAAAGAUGGUAUGUAGCUGUCUUUAGGUAAAUAUAAUUGCCAUUCUCUGUGUGACUAGAAAGUUUGUGCAAAUAAAGUUUCUAAUGAUGAAGAUCCUGAA